AUGUUUUCCGAUUUGAUAUGCAGCGUUCAUGCCGGAGUGCGCAUCGGACUAUUGCGCAAUUACACACUCAAAACAACCCUGAACGAAUCAGUUUUACAUGAUCUAAGUGUAAAAGUGGUUUAAAAGCACUCUUUGAAAGAAUGAACCGACUCUUUCAGUUUGCAUUGUGGAUUUGUAAAGUAUCUUUUACAAUACCUAACAUGCUUCUUUAUGUAAACUACAAAUGAAUAUACCUUUACAUUACAGAAUGAUUUUAAAUGCGUGCUAUAAUCGUAUGAACAGGGACAGGUAGAGCAACACUUCACUCUCUUUCAAGGUUCUGUCGGAUUUUGCAUUUCAAGGUUAUUCAUAUGAAUCAGUUCAUGCACAUAAUGGGGUUGUUUGUCGUCUUGAGUGUUAAUUAAACACUUUUAGAUCAUUUAAAUCAUUUUUUAACCCUAAAAAGGCAAACAUAUAAAGGCAGGCUAACUUUAAAUAUUAAUGCAUUGCUACUUUCCAACACAUUAGGACCCACAUAAUACAUUUCCAUGUUUUCCUAAAAUCUUGCUUUUAUUUUCAUUUUUAUAGCUUGUAGAAACCAUGAAAAUAACUAUAAUAAUAAUCUUAAAAAAUGCUGCCUUUUUACAUUAUAUAAAGUCGUAUCUCCUCCUAAGACCCCCUUUUCAAUAUGUUUCACACUCGCUCAUUGCUCCUCUCGCCAGCCUCUUAAAUGUUUGUCGCCCAGGAUACAAAAACCUUUUUAUGGUUAAAACUGCUUUAUAAUUGCACAGUCAGAGGGUUUAAUGAGCAGUCUUCACCUCUUUAAUUAAAACUAUUCCCAGUAAAUGUUGUCUUGUCUAACUAAAGCAUGAUUUGUGAACUAGCAUAAAAUAGCUGCUCUUUAUUCAAUUUGCACUUUGUAUUAAUAGCGUCCUGUGGGAUUCAUUUAUUCACAUUUUAAAUCCUUGGUAUAAUACCUGUGGUAGCUAGUUUCGUUCCCUUCAGGUUACUUUCAGAAAUCUGUUUAUGUAUUUUACAGUGAAGAUUUCAUGCUUUAACCGUGACGGAUAACUCCCUUGCCUCUUGCUUGCAAAACCCUUUGGAGUGAAACAAUGCUGAGUUUCAGGGGACUUAAAGAGACUUCAAGAGAGAGACACAGGGAGAGAGGAGUAAGGAGGGGGUGUGAGAAGGGAACUACAUGGAGAGUCGCUGUGUCCACACAGCUAAUUCUUUGUGCGUGCUAGUGUGCUUGCUGCCCGGGGCCAUGGGAUCAGGUCAAAGCCGCGGUGUCCCGAUCGUGGCAAUAACGAAGAAGGGCCAAGAUGAGUGUGAUCGUGAAUGACUUCAAUGACAUUUUGGAAGCACUGGGUGAUCUGAACUUCUCCAGUCUGGAUGAUAAUGUGUCCCAUGUGGUGGGUGAGGUGUGUCACAGCGUCUUCAGCCAAAGAGCCUUGCUCUAUGCCCUCUCCGUUCUCUACAUCUUCCUCUUCAUCAUAGGCCUCGCUGCUAACGCUCUGGUGGUGUGGGUGAACGUGCGAGCCGAGAGGAACCGUUACGAGACUCAUUUCUAUAUCCUCAAUCUUGCCGUCGCUGAUCUCUGUGUGGUGGCCACACUUCCGGUCUCCAUUAGUUCUCUGCUGCAGCUCGGCCACUGGUCCUUUGGUGACGCCAUGUGCAAAAUCACGCAGUUGAUCUUCAGCGUGAACCUCUUCAGCAGUAUCUUCUUCCUCACAUGUAUGAGUGUGGACCGCUACCUGUCCGUGACUCUUUUCGGAGAUGGCCCCAGCCAGAGGAAGAGGAGGUCCAGGCAGCUAAUCUGCGUGGGUGUUUGGCUGCUGGCACUGAUCGCUGCCCUGCCUGAAACGUACUUCCUCCAGGCUGUGAAAUCCAGCCAUUCAGACAGCAUCGUAUGUAAGCCUGUGUACCCUGUGGACAGCAUGAAGGAGUGGAUGGUGGGCGUUCAAAUGAGCUUCUUCAUGCUUGGCUUUGCCAUCCCCUUCCCUGUCAUCGCUGUGUUUUAUGCCCUCCUGGCUAGUACCAUCCAACCCUCUGCUGACCAGGAACGUCGAAUUAGCCGCCGCCUCAUUUUUACCUACAUUGUAGUCUUCCUAGUGUGUUGGCUACCCUACCAUGGAGCCCUACUGCUGGACACUCUAUCCCUGCUCAACGUGCUGCCCUUCAACUGCACACUGGAAAACAUCCUCUAUGCAGCGCUGCAUCUCACCCAGUGGUUCUCGCUCCUUCACUGCUGCGUGAAUCCCAUCAUCUACAACUUCAUUAACAAGAACUAUCGCUAUGACCUCAUGAAAGCCUUCAUCUUCAAGUACUCAACCAAAACUGGCCUCGCUAGGCUUAUCGACGCCUCACAUGUGUCUGAGACAGAAUACUCUGCUGUGGAGAGCCAGGGGCCAUUAUGCAACAUCCAUGAUGACGUUGAUCAACACUAACCCUCCAUAUGAACUCAGAAAUAAACAUGGAGAGAUGUAAAACUCUCUGAACAUUUUGCUCUUGGGAUAUAGCAAAAUUGGCCGUUUUGUAAAAUAAUGGAACAGCAGAACUUUGUAUACAUUCAGUUUAUGCUCCUUUAUAAACAGUGGAACGUUUAUACCUUUUGUACAUUUUUAGACAUAUUGUGAAAGCACUUGUACUGAUUUGAUAUGUAAGCGUACUACCUUGUUGUAACUGUAGUUGGUGGAAAACAUCCCUGCUGGUUCCAAAGCCAUGGAGAGCCACAGAGAAACUCAGAAUAACCUCUGUCCACUUAUCUGUGGGUUUUCUCCAACAGCCAGCAAGACUCCAACAUGUGUAGAGCGAAGGUCGAGGGUUCAUACACAUAAAUGUUCAGCUAUGAGUGCGGUGAAAGGGAAGGGAAUAUCGAAAACCCAAACGAUUGACAUUGGAGAGAAAUUGGUCCAAAUCAAGAUUAGGUGUAGAUUUAUGCAGUAUGCUGUGGUAGUUGUGCAUUUAAUAAAUAAUGCUAGCAGUAUUUGUACAUGUUUUGUAAAUAUUAUUCUAUUUAUAUACUCAUUACUGUGUAUGUUCAGCAUUUUGAAGUAUUGUCUGUCCUAAAAAUGUUGCAGUAUAUUGAAAUAAAGAAUUUGUUUAUGU